AUGGAAGAAAGUAGUGACGAUUCGACAAAUAGUAAAUACAGGCCUCACCCAAAGAGGAAUGAAUAUAAAUCGCAUAAGAAUGUUUAUAAAUUUACAAAGCAGGAAACGAAGACAGUUAGAUCUGACUCAUCUGAAUGGCAUUAUGGAAGUAUUGAUUCAAUCGAAGAAGAGGAGGAAGUUAAACCUCUGCCCUUAAAAAGCAAGAUAGAUUCUCAAUACAAAAAAGACUUAUCACAUGGAAUUGGAUCUUCAUUAGGGUUCAGCAAAAGAGCAGAGUUCAUAGCUCGACAAAUAACCGGAAGAAGUAAAUAUGACCUCGAUAUACUUGCAAAAGAGCCUGAUAAUAAAAUAUCGGAUAUUGGUUCGUCUCAGUUCUCCAGUAUAAAUGAACUAUUUGAUGAUGAAAGAAUAAUUAAGGAUCAGGAUGCUCUGGAGAAAAAGCAAUUUUAUAUGCCAAAUGAAUACAUUAAGUUAUACGAAGAUAAUAGCCAUCUAAGAUACAGAGUAAUGAGGCUUCAGGACCAGAUACUAAUCCUUGAACAAAGCUUAGGAGCAACUCAUAGAGCCAAUCUUCAAAAGAUGAAGAAUUAUGCUACUCAGAUGGAAUUUAAUAUGGAAAAGGAGUACAAACAGAAACUAGAUGACAUAGUCAGAUUCUAUAAAAAGGAAAUAAAAGAUAUUCUCAAGCAAUAUAAUAAGGGCAGAAUGGAAGCUACUACUGCUCAUAAAAUAGUGGCAAAGCUAAUCUCAAUGAAUCUAAGUCAAGAAAUGUUUAUCUUGGAAAUCAGGAACAAAAUUUUAGAAGGGGAUAGUAACGAAGCAGCUAACUUAAUAAACAAUCAAAUUAUCGAAAGCCACAGUGACAUGUUUAGUAAAUAAAAUGUUAAGAACGAGGGGAAUUGAUAAAUAAAAAUAUUCAGCAAGUUUUCACCGCAGAAAAGAUCGCAGGAAUCCAAGGAAUCAAUAUAGUUACAAACGAAGGGAAACCUCAAAAAGUUAAUUUUAAAUCUAAGAGAGGUCUUACCUUGUCCUCUGAAGGGUCACAAAUGUCAGUCAUUGAACAAAUUGAAAAGAAUAUUGAAAUAUUAAAAUAAGAAAAAGGAAAUACAUGACGCUGAGAAUAAGAAGAGGUUUGAAGAAAGAGUCAUCAAUAACCCAAAUAUGAAGCAUGCGAAGAAAAAGAGCAUUCCAGAUGAGAUCGACAGGAAGGAUCGAGAACUUUCUGAAUAUAUCUUAGAGAACGACAAAAAGAUGAUCAAACAAUUGAAGUUUGAGAUAGAUACUCUUGAGAAUAUGUACAAUACCAUCCUUGAUGAGAAUAAGUACUUGAGCAGGGAGGUUAAGAGUCUCAAAGAUGAAAUGAUUUUGACAAAGAAAAGAAUGAAGGAUGAAUUUCAAAUUGAAAAAGAUCAGCUAAACCAAAAAGUUGAAGAGUAUAAGCAUAAAUGGAAGACUGAUAAAGAAAAGAAUGCAGAGAAAGUAUCAUGUUUCCAGUGAGAGCUUAAAUUACAAGAUAAAAUAUUUGACCGAUUAAAAAAAUAUGUUAAUGUCCUCAAGAAGGAAUUGGUGAUGGCUAAGAAUAUCAUCAAGGAUCCUAGAAAUAAAAACUUGAGAUAAACCUCCAGUAUGAUUUGUAUCCAAUCAAGGAAAAGGAUAACGAUAUCCUCAAGUUGAUGGAGAAAAAUAAGUCAAGAAGUUUAACACGAAACAUGAAUAAAACCUUAGAACCGGGGAAUAAAAAAUGGAUAAGCUUUAGAGGCAACGCUGAUAAGAUGAGAUCAAGAGUAGUUUCAAGACAGAACAUAUUUGACCAGAAUUAUUCCAGUUCUUACAAGAGGAGCAUAGUUACUCCACAUUCUUUCGACAGAGCAAGAGAUAUGCAAUAUCCAUUUACCCCUCCAGAGAAGUCUAGAGGGUUCAGAUUUGUAUUUUCCCCUACAAGAGUCAAGAGAGGGAAGAAAACAUUUGGCAGGGGAAAAGUUUUUUCAAAAUAAUAUGGUUAUAAUUAUUCAA